GUACAUUUGAUUAGGAAUUUCAAGUCAAGAUUUCAUGUUUGUUUCAUUCAGCAUCAGAAUGAAAUUUUGUCUGAAAAAUCUAUCUGGUUUUGGAUAGAAAACAGAUUGGCACAGCUGAGAACUGGCAUUUGGAACUGCACUAGACAAUCAACCAGUUAUUCCUGUACAACUUUCUUUCUGGUGACCACCUGAUUUUGCCCUGCCUAUGUAGAAGAGAGGGGGACCCACAUCAGAAGAGGAUGGGUGUUGCAGGAAGCACAUUUCAAGAAAGUGCCUAUGUUUACAAAAAGCUAAUGUGUUUCUUCCUCUUUUGAGAUAGUUUCUUCAUGAUUUAAGUGGUCUGAGAAAAACAUUACACAUAUUAGUAAUAGUACUUUGCAGAUGAGAGGGCGCUAAUAUUUGAGCACUAUAAUAUGCAAAACAUUAUAAUCCGAUGGAGUACCAGCAUGAUAUCUUUAGGUCCUUUCAACAAAUUUAUGAAAUCAGGGUGAAGGUGAGAAUUAUAACCAUUAGAACAAAUAAAGAUAUUGAGGUUCAUAGAAGCAAAAUAAUUUGCCUGUGGUCAUGGGGCUAGGAAGUGGUCACAUACUCUCCAUCACAGUACAUGUUUAUACGUGCACCGGAGUCAACAUGAAUGGGGCCAAACAGAUAUACACACACUCUCGAGCUUGUCUUAUACCAUGGGGAGUGCACCAAUUUGCCCUGCCCAGAGAAAGAUCCCCUGAAAUUUCUCUUUCAAUUGUUCCCUUCCGUCUGUCCAGUCUCUUGCUGCUCUUUGAAGCAUGUUUGUGUUAAGAACAUUUAUCCAAAGCAAACCUCAUAGUCUGUGACUGACAAGAAAGCACAUGAUAAAACCAUGUCUUUGGUUUUUCCGUAUCACAGGAUCUUGAAUUUACAAAGCAAGAAAGUGAAAAAAAAAAGUAAAAAUUCAUGUAAUAUUUCCCCUACAUAUUGUAUUAAACUGGGCAGCUUUAAAUGAGGUUUGGUGCCUCUCCCUCCCUGUUGCACAUGUGUUGAUGGGUUUUUCUCAGCGUGGUUGUCUGAGAUUUCACAGCUCUCUGUCACCUCCCUUCUGAAGCUGGUAAUAGAAACGAGCCGUUCCUUCACUCUGGUAUUGCUUUUCACCCAGAACCCUGUGUCUUUUCCUAAGAAGACUACCUGGCUUAUCCUCUGUCUUUGGGCUUUUCUGGCCAUGAGGACAUAGAGUAAAGAUUUUGGAGCUCUAUCCUCUGUGUCCUGGCAUUUAAUUAUUUCUCAAGACAUGUGAGCUAAAUCUGAGUGGAAGAGCUUGGCAGAAAGAAAGCCAUCGGUUACGGCUUCUGAGAGCCCAGUCUCUGGAAUGGUUCUACAAUAAUGUGAAGAGCCGCUUCAAGCGCUUUGGCAGUGCCAAGGUUCUGAAGAACCUGUACAGGAAGCACCGGCUGGAGAGUGGCGUGUGCUUCGACAUUCUAGGAGGAAGCCUUUUUGAGUCAAACCUGGAGAAUGAAGGAAGCAUUUCUGGCAGUGAUUCAACAUUUUAUAGGCAGUCAGAAGGACAUAGUGUGAUGGACACCUUGGCUGUGGCCCUCCGGGUGGCUGAAGAGGCCAUUGAGGAAGCGAUUUCCAAAGCAGAAGCGUAUGGGGACAGCCUGGACAAGCAGAACGAGGCCAGUUACCUGCGGGACCACAAGGAGGAGCUAACUGAGGAGCUGGCCACGACAAUCCUGCAGAAGAUUAUACGAAAACAGAAGAGCAAAAGUGAGCAGCAAGUGGAAGAGGAGCCAGGAUGGCCACAUCCCCAGAGUUGCAGCACAAAGGUGGCAGAUGAGGGGACCUUGGCAUCCGCUGGAGGCCACCAUGCUCCCACUGCCCUCUGGCGGUCCCAAUCUGCCUUCUCAGUCACUGGAGAAGAUGCCCUGAAGACCCCUCCAGUGGAGGCUGCACCAAGGCAGCCAAGGGACCAAGGCCAGCAUCCGAGAGCUGAGUCUGCUCUGCCCAGCUGGAAGAGCGUGGACAGACUGGAUGAAACAAACCUGGCACCAGUUUUGCAGAGCUCCGACGGGAACUGGGUGGCCCUGAAGGAUGGUGCUCCACCCCUAACCCGCCUACUGGCCAAGCCUAAGAGCGGGACAUUUCAGGCCCUGGAGGUGGCCUCCAGUGUGGCAUCUGCCUAUGAUGAGAUGGGCUCCGACAGCGAGGAAGACUUUGACUGGAGUGAGGCCUUGAGCAAGCUGUGUCCCAGGCCCCGGGGCCUGCCCAGGGACCCCCAGCCUCAGCCCACACAGGCCCAGAGCUCUGACCAAGGCCUCAUGGCUGCCUCCCCAAUCUCUGCAAUCUCCCCCAACCCUGAGGCCAUGUGCUCUGACUCGGAGACCUCCUCUGCGGGAUCUUCCCGAGAAGUUGGGCACCAGGCCAGACUGUCCUGGUUACAGAGGAAGGCCCCCAGGAACCCUGCAGCAGAGAAGAUGCGCCUACAGGGAGAACUGGAUGUCAACUUCAACCCCCAGGCGGCUAGCAGGGAGACCUCAGAUAGCAGCGAGCCAGAGGAGGCCCCCCACACCACAGACCGGCGGGCCAGGAGGUGGAGAAGAGCCCGACUGGGCUCAGAAGAGCCGAGCAAAGAGCCAUCCUCCCCCAGCGCCCAGCACCGGGAUCUGGACACACGUCAGGUGUCGGGUGAUUUAUCAGAGACAGACAUCAGCAAUGAGGCUCAGGACCCUCGGACUCCCACAGACAGCACAGAGGAGAAACGGAGAAAUAGGCUGUACGAGUUAGCAAUGAAAAUGAGUGAAAAGGAGACUUCUUCAGGGGAAGACCAGGAGUCUGAGCCCAAGACAGAAUCUGAGAACCAGAAGGAAAGUCUGUCCUCUGAAGACAACAGCCAGAGCGUCCAGGAAGAGCUGAAGAAGAAGUUUUCUGCUGUUUCUCUCUGCAACAUCUCCACAGAAGUCCUGAAAGUCAUCAAUGCCACAGAGGAGUUGAUAGCAGAAUCUACAGGGCCCUGGGAGUCCCCUCAAGCCCCUCCUGACAGAGAGAAGGGGACAUUUCCUCGUGGGACAGACCAAGUGAGACUGGAUGAGCAGCUGACUUCCCUGGAAGAAAAUGUGUACCUGGCAGCAGGCACUGUGUAUGGACUGGAGAGCCAGCUGACUGAGCUGGAAGAUGCCGCCCGCUCCAUCCACAGUGGCACUGAGGAGACCCAUCUGGCAGAUCUGGAGGACCAGGUGGCCACGGCUGCAGCCCAGGUUCACCAUGCUGAACUCCAGAUUUCUGACAUUGAGAGCCGGAUUUCAGCCCUGACCAUUGCAGGAUUAAACAUAGCACCAUGUGUGAGCCUCACAAGAAGACGGAAUCAGAAGCAAAGGACCCAGGUACAAACCAUAGACACAUCCAGGCAGCAAAGGAGGAAACUGCCUGCUCCACCAGUGACAGCUGAAAAAAUUGAGACAUCUUCAGUGACCACCAUUAAAACAUUUAACCGCAACUUCAUUCUCCAAGGCUCCUCAAAAAACAGGACUAAAGAAAGGAAUAUCACCACCAAGGAUUUGAUGGAGCCUGCUCUGGAGUCAGCUGUGAUGUACUGAUGCCAUGGAACUCCACUGCCAGUGACCCACUGCCUCCGGCCGUACACGACAGUGCCUUGACCCAACAGCCAUCGAGUACUGUAUGGAUUUCCACCUGAGGAGAAGGCCUGGGGAGGCCACAGUGCCCCAUUGCACAGGGCUGUCCCGAUACCUCACCCAGAAAGCCGUCUCAGACUUCAGCAUUGCGGUCUUGCCCACUCUCUGCCUUAGGCUCCCAGGGGAAUCCAAGACAGAAAACCAAGACACUGGCUUCCAACAGCAGAGCUCCAUGUUGAAGCUACGUAUUUUCCCUGUUUGCUUUGCUACUAUGUGUUGACUUUAAGAUCUUUUUUUAAGCCCUUUGAUUCAGCUAGUAUUCCAUGUCAACAAGUUGUCCAAAGGAAAACUGUUGGAGGGGCGUAGAGGGAGGAAGGUGGGAAUUAUUAUUUAAUAUAGCAUGAAUGCUUACUAAUCUCUCAGAAGCAUCUUCAUCUUGCAAAUCCUAAGGGAAAAGCGAGUCCCUGCAGUGAGCACUAGGGACAGUCUAAUUUUGGCAUUGCUCAACCAUCAAGUCUGCAGGUCUCCCUUCGGCCACCUCCUUCCUGCGAAGCUCUUAGCCUACCACACUACCAGUCACUCCCAUUGCUUUGCAAUCACAAGCCACAGAAUGAGAAGUUCUGACUCACCCAUGCCAUGCCCAGAUCUAUCUGAAACAGUGUCUCAUUAAGAAUUUAGAGAUCUUCCAUGGGCUUAUUGACAGUUUCCCCACCCUGAAGGAGAAAGGGGCUUGAGAAAGACCAUCACUGGCUCAACUUUAGAGCACUGUCAGAAUCAGCAUGAUGUGGUUUAGCAGUGAUCACAUCUAAACGGAGUUCAGGUAAAUGAAUUGCUGCAGAGAACCACAUGAGAACAUUUUUGUCCUCCAAAAUUUAUUUCCCAGUAAAUAUUCAGCAAAGUAGCAAAAUGACCUUAAAGAUAAAAAAAUGAUUAGGGAAUAGCCUUAGAAAAUUUAUAGAUAUAAAAAAUUAAACGACAGACUGUGCAUUUAAUGGACACAAGAGUUGACUCUCACUCCAUGUCUGUGGUUUUUUUGAGCCCGUAUCGAAUGCAUGACUAUUUAGAGUGCAUUUAUAAAAGCAAAUGGAACUGGACUUUCACUCAACUGGGCUUUAACAACCUUCUUUUAUGUUUGUUCCUGAUAUAUUCUGAACCUUAGGAAGAAGGUAAAAGGAGGCGAGAGAAUAGUUAUGAUGAAUGUGUAUUAAGUGCCUGCUCUGAAGGAGGCAAUGUUCUCGUUUAAUCCUAUGGCAACCUUAUUCAACAGGUGUUCCCAUAGUUCAGAUUUAAUAACUGAGGGCCAGAGAGAUUAAUUUGCCAAAGUCACACCUUUACGCUAAUUAUUAUUGGAAUGCAUCACAAAAGCCUAACUCUGUGUUGUUUUCAACCUCUAAGUUAUUUUGUUGCUAUGUGCAUUUCUAGAUCUGAUUUGCUGCUGAUUUGUGUGCUGUGAUCCACUCCUGAUGGGGGUCUACGUUAUCUUCCAAUAAUACUCCUUGCUGAUGCUGUGUUAUGUGUCAUCUAACAGAAAUGACUGCUUUGAAAUAAGUAAAUCUUCGGCUUUUUGUACUGUUGGUGUGAUUCAAAGCAAAACAAACAAAAACAAAUUUUAAAAACACAACAAAAAAAGAUCUGACUUCCAAAUAGAACGUUUUUCUUUAAGAGGCAUGAAAAGCAACUAUUGUUGUGUUACAGUGUUAAAAAUAUUCAGUUUUCUUUGACAAAAAUGUGUACUGUGUAAGCCUUGCAAACAAAAAACAACAAAAAAGAAUAAGCAGCCUGCUGUGUGGCAUUUGAACUUUUAUAAAGGUUUCCUUGUGCCAAAUAAGUGCAAAGAUUUAAUUUACUAUUAAAAACCAUAAGCAUAUGUUAUAGUUCCAGAAGAAUUAUUUUGUCAUCAAGUGAUUUUGAUCUUUAGUGUCAAUAUUUAUAUUUAGAUUAAUUUUUAUAAAUGAAAAUAUUUUAAUGGUUUAAGAAAAUGAGGACAACAGGAUAAUAUCUUUGAUGACUUCUGAAAGUUAUGCUUCCCUUCAUGUUAUAUGCACAUUGCCAAGAAUUACUGUCAAGAGAAAUGAUAAAGAAGUAAAAGUCAUUUAUGAAAAU